AUGUCUUCUCCCCUUGCUUCUCAUCCUCCUUCCACACCCCCGCCACGCUCUCAACCAUUUACCGCACCCAAGUUCAUCUCCCACAAUUCCCCUUCUGUCCAUUCUUCACAACACCGUCGUCCAUCCGAUGCAUCAUUUUCAGCCUCGAUGAUGGACGUAGAUCCUGGAGGAGAUGGUGAAGAAUCAAUCAAUGAUGUCGAUCAAGAUAUAGACGAGCUCUUAUCGUCUUCUGAUGAGCGACCACCAGCUUCACCCUCAGGAUCAGGGACAGGGAGUCGAGCUGGCGGAACAGCUGGAGGUGGAGCAGCUAGGAGGACCAGCGGGAAUGACAAUGCAUCGACUGGCAGAGGAGGACCGAAGAAGAUGAGAGCUAGAGCUACCAAGAAGAAAGUAGAGGAUUUACCUGAAUUCAGUUGUCGAUGGGAUGAUUGUGAAGUCAUUCCGGACGAUCAGGAGAGUCUCAUCAAUCACUUACAUGAGGUGCACGCUCCCGAGGGUCUCGAAGAAUAUCGUUGUCAAUGGUUUAACUGCCCGAGAAAAGGUCACAAGCAGUCGAAUCGGACAGGUCUCAUUACCCAUGUCAGGAUACACACGGGUGAAAAGCCGUACAAAUGUCCACAGGAGGGCUGUGACCGAGCAUUUACGCGAAACGAUGCGAUGAACAAGCAUUUAAGAACAUUCCACGCUGAGAAGCAUGAGGAAUUGAAAGAGUUGAAGAACAAGGAGAAGAAGGCGACAACAACAACAACAAUGACCACGACGACCACGACAGCAAUGACGAAUUCUAAUUCGUCGAGAUCUCAAGCUCGACGAACCGGUGCUUCGGGAUCGACGACGGGAGGAUUGAAAUCCUCGGAUAAAAUCUUGAUGGACGAUGCGGACUUGAUAGACGUCUUGCCACGGUUGAGGAAUCGGAAACGAUUUUGGACGAUCACAGAAGAUGAUGAAAAGGUUCUGGCGGCGAUCAGAUCUCGAUACCCAAGACCACCGAGUGAUUCGAGAGAAUACGAUGAAGAGUUUGACCUGGGUCGAUCUAGAGACUUCCCAGAACGGUGUCCGGAAGAUAUUCAAUCUCAGGCACAUGAACCACCAUCGGAUUCUCAAGUCAUUUUCAUGGGCAGGAGUCAGUGGCAGGUCCGGUAUAUAAUCGCCAAGGCCAAAUUGAUGUUGGUUGAGGAGGAGAACGCGAUGCGAAAAGCUCAGUUGAUGGAGCUCAUGGAACAGGAAGCUCAAUUGUUGGCACAACAACAGUCAGAGGCGUAG